AUGGGCAAGAAGAACCGCUUCAAAAAGGUGAGUCGAGAACUUCAUUUUGGCCGCAAGUUGGAGCAAUCACCUACUCUCUCUCUCGACGGAGAGGCUCAAUUGGAGCGGUUUGCUCGAAACCAGUGGUACCGCUACUUUGUGCAGAUUGAGGCCAAGUACCGAAUGGUAUCCAACGACGAUGAGAUCACGGCUGCCCACCAAACCAUGAUGUUGCUUGGACAACCUGUUGGCAUUUCCCUGGACUCCGAGCUCGGUCAGAAGAUUGAGGCUGAGCUGCAGGGACAACGACAGGAACAGGAGGCGGACGCUCAUCCAGUGGAAACUGUCAACCCGCCCAGAAGACCAUGGAGACGGUCAAGAAAGGCGUAG